AUUUAAUAAAAAAAAAAUUAUUAUAAUAAAAAAAGUUAAUUCAAUUUAAUUAAAAAAAACAAAAUUAUAAUUAAAAAAUUAAUUAUAAUUAAAUUAAAUUAAAAAAAAAAAAUUAAUUAAAAAAUAAAUUCAACAAACCAACAACAACAAAAAAAUACACAGUCAACAUGCGAAAUAUACACUUUCACAUCGUGACCAAAGUGCUGCUGCUCAGCUUUAUAUUCACCAUUACACAGCUAUCAUCAACAGCGACGCAUGCCGCCGAUGUUGAGGAAGACUGCCCGCCUAUUUCGAACGCUACAAACUUACAACAAACACAACUAAUACAACGGUUAACACAUGUAUGCCGUUAUGAUCGCUUAGAGCGGCCAAUUGAAUAUGGCAUGAAUGGUGAACGUCUGCCCGUUACCGUUAAGGCGCGCAUCUAUGUAUACUUCUUGCAAAAUCUAAAUUCCGACUUGCUGCAAUUCAAGAUGCACGCACUGCUACAGCUAAGCUUCAACGAUAGCCGACUGGCUUACAAAGAAUUGAAACGCAACGACAAUAUCAUCGGACAGAAACAUUUGAGCGAACGACUUUGGCUGCCGCAUAUAUUCUUUGCCAACGAACGUGACUCCAGCAUUUUGGGUACGGAUGAGAAGGAUGUGCUGACCUCGAUAUCACCGGAAGGACGCGUCGUCAUAUCGCAGCGCUUGCAGGCAACACUCUAUUGUUACAUGAAUUUCAAAAAGUUCCCCUUCGAUGAGCAAUACUGCUCGACGGUGUUGGAGAGUUGGAUGUACAAUAAAACGGAAAUGGUGCUCAAAUGGGAACCGUAUUCGCCGAUCUCAUUCGAUCCGGAAAUGCACCUCACCGAGUACAAUAUGCAAGGCUUUUGGUAUAACGAAACUAUUGUUAACUCGGAUGGUAUUAAUUUGAGACACGGAUCAUUCGUUGGCAAUUACAGUUCUCUCAGUUUUACGGUUCAUCUUAGUCGUGAGACCGGUUUCUAUUUGUUGGACUAUUUCCUGCCCUCAAUGAUGAUCGUUGCGAUUUCAUGGGUUUCAUUUUGGUUGCAGGCCGAUCAGUCCCCGCCUCGUAUCAUGUUAGGCACCAGCACUAUGUUAUCAUUCAUCACAUUGUCCUCAUCGCAAACGAAAACCUUGCCCAAAGUCAGUUAUAUCAAAGUAUCUGAAAUUUGGUUUCUCGGCUGCACAUUCUUCAUCUUCGGCAGUUUGGUGGAAUUUGCCUUCGUCAAUACGAUUUGGCGACGCAAAGAGAAUGUGGAAUUGAAGAAGGUCAAUAGUAAAUAUAUAGUGAAGGCCUCGCUAACGCCGCGUCCAACCAGACGCGAUAUAAAUAAGAAUAAUCUGUCGCGCACGCGCUCCUGCUCCAGUCUCGAUAAUAUAACAUCCAGCACGGAAAGCGUAUUGAAGGGCAACUCAAAUCCGGGUUACAACAAUUACCUAACUGUACAUAAUCUACCGAUUAUCACCACCGAGUGCGCAGACACCGCAUCUGUGACGAGUGAUCGCAAUAGCAACGGCACAGAUCAUGUUGUUAAUAUCGAUAAAGCUAGCAGCUUCGGCAUGAGUGACAAAGAUAAGGAGGCAAAUCCUGAUCACACUACAUUCACAACAAUGACACCACAAGAGAUUGCCAUGUGGAUCGAUCGGCGUUCACGUUUCCUAUUUCCGGUUAUGUUUUUGGCCUUCAAUGCGCUCUACUGGACGUUUGUCUAUUGCUUUUGACGGGGUCCAAACGAACAUAUUUGCAUAAUUUGUUAAGCACUUUGUAGUAUUAUUUAUCAAUUAGCAUAUAUAGAUACCAAAUAAUAUUUUUUAAGCUAGUGCUUCUGUGUAAGCCAAUACAAGUAUUUAAAUACAUAGUAUGUAUAUAAAUAACACUGUACAUAAGCCGUUUAAUAUACUACAUAUGUAAUUGUACAUAAGGUCUCAUCUAAAGCUCAAUGAUUAAUUAAUAAUAACAAUUAGCUAUGCCUUUGCCCGCAAAACUAGUCACUAAGUCAGCUAAAAGCAUACAUACAUACAGACAGACAUGUAUAUGUAUAUGUAUUGUUUAUAUUUAUAAGUUUCAUUCAUUUGUACUUAAUUGCAUGAAGGCAUACAACAAAACCGUUUUCACUUUAUAUAAACAAACUUGUGUACAUACAUACAUACAGAUGUACCUAGAGAGUUCUUAUGGCAAUAGGUCAAACAUUAAAGAUUCAACAAUUUUUACACAUGUCAUUUUUAUCUGAAAAUAAAUGUUUUCUAAGAAAA